UCCGCUUCAACGCUUUGAGAUAUUCCGUUCUUUUUUCCUUCUGCAGUUGGUGGAUCGGUUAUUCUUCUGCUCGGCCCUGAUCCAAUAUUAUUUUUCUUGUUUGUUUUUCUCCCCGACGCCGUUCGCCUGUCACUUUUCUUUUUCCCACCGUCACCUUUCGUGCCGCUAAAAAGGGCCAGGCAGCCUAUGGACAAGGAUUACACGCCUUCAACUCACAAAUGAGCUUUCGCUUGGACUUUCUGCUCAACCGGUCAAUGUAUAAAAUAGAAGAUGUCACGUCGCCGUGCUUCCAACAGUGAAUCAUUGGCUUCAUCAUCUGUCAACGAAGCCGUUGCUUACCCUUUCUCCGGCAUGCAACAGAAUCAUACGUUUUCUCAACGGCGUGGCCCGAUCGAAGGGCCCGGUGGACGGAGGCUUGUUAGGAGAGUCACCUGGCGGUCGUCCACCUACAAGCUCAUGGCAUCUCUCUGGGUGCUGGGGGUGCUCUAUAUAGUCUGGCUGAUUCGGGACAUCUUCUAUCUCCCAUUCUCUUAUUCUCCAAAACCGGCUGUGACGACGAAUUUCGGGGAUGAUCUGUUAGCUCAGUUCGUGGGCCGUGAAGAAUGCGGCAUCUCCUCUCAAGCUUUAUAUCUGCCUCCGUCCGGUGACCAGUCUGAGCUGUAUUGCCGGUCUCGUGAGGAUUUGCUCAGCUCAAUGAGCAACGGCGGGCGUCAUGGCUUUGGUGCCCCUUAUACAUCCCAAGGUUGCUUCUACCGUUGGUUUACCAACGCUGAAAUAUGUGAGACUCUUAGCCGAUUUGAUGGUGUACUCUUCGUCGGUGAUGACUCCCUUGCCAACGCUUAUGCCGGGUUCAACAUCCUUCUUCGCCAGGAUCUAAAACAAGGAUCUUUGAGGGAGUGGGAAAUGAGCACUGCUUUGCAAACAAGUUGUGGGUGCGAGUCACAGUUUACGAAUCCUGCCUGUUCCUCUGCGCGAAUUACUUCAAGCGAGGAACUAUAUUCCAGGAGUGCCAUGGGAACCCAGACUCCAUACAUCUGCUCAGCCAAGACCCCACACAAGUUUCUCUCCAUCACCGGCUCACCCGCCACAAGCAGCGACCACAACGUCUUCAAAAACCUUCUGGCGCGUCCCUCGGAGUCAGAAUCGGCAAAGAAGAAGCCCAUCGCCAUAAUUCAAAGUCUCUCCCUCUCAACAUCCUAUUCCCUCUCCGCGGCGAAGAAUAGUAUAGACGAAUGGCUUACGCUUGCCAAAACCAGCGCCAGAAGCACUCCAUUUCUCUGGAUCGGUCCAACAGCACCCGGCCACCAAAAGCCUCCAAGCGACAACGUCCACGCAACCAGCUGGAAAUACACCCAGGAUACGGCGCAGGUCGCUCAGGCCAAGGGCAUCGACGUUCUGGCCAUGUACAACGCGACUUUGCAGGCCCAGAGCUGGGACGGCAUGCACUAUGGCGAGGAGGUGGCUCUUAUGCAGGCGAUGAUGAUCGUUAAUUGGUUAGCUUCGCUUUAGUAUGGUUGAACUAUACUCUAUACGGUCGGAAAGGUGUUGACCUAAAAAAAAAAGUUGCCCAGCUAUGAUGACUAGGCUAUAUUACGGAUGAUGAUGAUCAAGGUAUAGUUUCGGAGAUCUCUUUUCUUUGUUCAUUUAUUUUCCCCGUCUUGUCUCAUUUCUUGUAGACUUUAUGUUGCGAGUGUUCUUUCUCACAUUUGUGCGUUCA